AUGGAUCCGUUUACAAAUUUCGAGGGCGCAAGCCAGUACGGGGCCGAGGACGACUCCACCUCCUUCUACUCUUCCGUUCCAUCUCAGGUCUCCGUCCGGAUUCCCGCUGUCGCUCCCAGCAGACCGGCAGCGCAUGACGGACAACACUCGUCCGAUCUGAGCCUGGCGCUAGAAGAUCUGUCUUUGGACAAUACGACGUCGAACCACAUUCACGCCACUGUACGGAAUGGCUACGAAGAGGACUUUGAGGGAUAUGCAGAGGACGUAGUGGAGGAGGUGAAUGUGGAGCAUGCGUGCAGUUAUUGUGGAAUCCAUAAUCCACAGUGUGUCGUCAAGUGCCUUCCCUGCAACAAGUGGUUCUGCAACUCCCGAGGAAACACCUCGGCAUCGCAUAUCGUCAACCACUUGGUCAAGGCCAAGCACAAGGAGGUUGUUCUGCACCGGGACAGCGCGCUCGGCGAGACCAUCCCAGAAUGUUAUAACUGCGGGAGCAAGAACGUCUUCAUGCUGGGCUUCAUCCCCGCCAAGAGCGAUACCGUCGUUGUGCUGCUUUGUCGUCAACCCUGCGCAGCCCUCACCAGCUCGCGCGAUAUCAACUGGGACACUUCACAGUGGUCCGCCAUCAUCGACGACCGGUCUUUCCUGUCCUGGCUGGUCAAGGUGCCGUCCGAGGCGGAGCAGCUCCGAGCGAGACAGAUCUCCAUGUCGCAGAUCGCCAAGCUCGAGGAGAUGUGGCGGGAGAACCCCAUGGCCAAGCUGGAGGAUGCUGAGGCUCAGACGGGAGAGGAGGAGAUGCAGCCCAUCCUUCUGAGAUACGAAGACGCCUAUCAGUACCAAAACAUCUUUGGCCCGCUCGUGAAGAUCGAGGCGGACUACGACAAGCGCAUGAAGGAGGCGCAGACCGAGAGCGACAUCAUUGUGCGAUGGGAUAUGGGUCUGAACCAGCGGCGUCUGGCUUGGUUCAGCAUGCCAAAGCUGGAGAGUGGGGAACUGAAGCUGGCGGUGGGCGAUGAGCUAAGGUUAAAGUUUACGGGGAUGACCUCGGCGGGGACGGGCGGUAUGAGGGGUUUGCAAGCGCUGAACAGGCUGGGCGCUGGGCAUGCGGAUUCGACAUGGGAGGGUGUGGGGAGUGUGGUCAAGAUCCCCAACAACGUGUCGGAUGAGAUCUGCUUGGAGCUCCGCCGCAGCGAUAACUGUCCGGUCGACUGCACGCAUGGCUUCACCGUCGACUUUGUCUGGAAAGCCACCAGUUUUGACAGGAUGCAGGCGGCGAUGAAGACAUUUGCGGUGGACGAGAAGAGUGUUAGCGGAUACAUCUACCACAAGCUGCUCGGCCACGAGCUCGAACCUCAGGUUCUGCGCACCCAGAUGCCCAAGCGGUUCUCGGCGCCCAACCUGCCCGAACUCAAUCACUCGCAAAUGGCAGCGGUCAAGGCGGUACUUCAGAAACCGCUCAGCUUGAUUCAAGGUCCACCAGGUACCGGCAAGACCGUCACAUCCGCCUCGAUCGUCUACCACCUGGCCAAGAUGAAUUCUGGCCAAGUCCUCGUCUGCGCACCCUCCAACGUCGCGGUCGACCAUCUCUGCGAAAAGAUCCACCACACCGGUCUCAAGGUGGUCCGUCUCGCCGCCAAAUCGCGAGAAGCGCUCGAUUCGUCCGUCGCGUUUCUAUCUCUGCACAACCAGGUCGCCAAUGCCGAUACCCAUCCGGAACUCCAGAAGCUCAUCCAGCUUCGUGACAGCAUGGGCGAAUUGAGUCAGAGUGACGAGCGCAAAUACAAGGUGCUCGUGAGGGCGUGUGAGCGGGAUAUACUCAACGCGGCGGACGUCAUCUGCGUGACGUGUGUGGGGGCGGGUGAUCCGAGAUUGGCCAAGUUCAAGUUUAGGACGGUCUUGAUUGACGAGGCGACCCAGUCUGCCGAGCCAGAAUGCAUGAUCCCCCUCGUGAUGGGAUGCAAGCAGGUCGUACUCGUCGGCGAUCACCAGCAGCUCGGACCGGUCAUCAUGAACAAAAAGGCCGCCAAAGCUGGACUAUCGCAGUCCCUCUUCGAACGCCUCGUCGUCCUCGGGAAUCGCCCCAUCCGGCUGCAGGUGCAAUACCGAAUGCACCCGUGCCUCUCGGAGUUCCCCUCCAACAUGUUCUACGAAGGCACGCUGCAGAACGGAGUCACCGCGCCCGAGCGGCUGCGCAAGAACGUCGAUUUCCCCUGGCCGGUCCCUGAGACCCCCAUGUUCUUCCACCAGAACUUGGGGACCGAGGAGAUCUCAUCCAGCAGUACCUCCUUCCUCAAUCGCACGGAAGCGAGCAACGUCGAAAGGAUGGUCACUCGGUUCUUCAAGUCGGGCGUCCUGCCGUCCCAAAUUGGCGUAAUCACCCCGUACGAGGGUCAGCGUUCGUACAUCGCGACAUACAUGCAGCUGCAUGGGUCGCUCAAGAAGGAGCUGUACAAGGAGGUGGAGGUGGCGAGUGUGGAUGCGUUCCAGGGGAGAGAGAAGGACUAUAUCAUCCUCUCGUGUGUGCGGAGUAACGAGCAUCAGGGGAUUGGGUUCUUGAAUGACCCGAGGCGGUUGAAUGUCGCGUUGACGAGGGCGAAAUAUGGGGCGGUGAUUUUGGGGAAUCCAAAGGUCUUGAGCAAGCACCCGCUUUGGCUGUACCUCUUGACCCACUUCAAGGAGAAGGGCACCUUCGUCGAGGGUCCGCUGAGCAACCUCCAACCCAGCAUGAUCCAGUUCAGCCGGCCCAAAAAGACACUUGCUGCUGCUAUGGACCCCUUCAAGCGGCACGAGACAUCUGCCAACGAGUUCCUUGGUCGUGCCCCCGCCCCGGCUGCCAACGGCCGAUUCGACCCGUCCUACUAUCGCACGCACGACCCGACCGCCUACGUUCCCGGCGAUGCCCAAUCCGUCGUCUCCCAAGCCAUCUCCUCCUUCCCUCUCGGCUCUGCCAUUCCCAACGGAAAGAACAAGACCUACACCGGCUACGCCUCGUCCAUCAUCUCUCAGCAGCCCAUCGGGAUGUCGGGUUCAGACGCGGUCUCGCAGGCCGGCUCCAUCCUCCCCGGCAGUCGCGUCACGUACAACCAGUUUGACCGCUUGCCUGGCGGAGCUGUACCCAAUGCAGGGAUGAGUGGGGUCGGGCGGCGCAGGCUGUCAGUGGGCAGUAUGGCGCAGAGCGACGCCCCCACGGCGUCGAUGUACGCGUACGGGUACAAGACGGGAGAUGACGAGACGUCCUCGAUCGCCCCGAGCCAAGCGGGCAUGACCGAGUUCUAG